AUGUCAAUUCGAGAGCAGUGCCGCGGAUUGCUGACUUGGCACAAGAAUCUGACCGGCGGCAAAAUUUGGUCCCACCCAACCCAGCCCCGCGCGCCGCCUCCUCUCUCACCCAACCCAACCCAACCCCGCGCGCCGCCUCCUUCCUCCCCGCCGGCCGCCGUCGACCUCUCCCCGCCGGCCGCACAGCUCCGCCUCACCUCCGACGAGGUCCUGAAGAACGGGCGCGUCCAAGCGCCGCCCGCGGCUGCUGACGGCCAAGCUUUCUGCAAGGCGGGCCGGCGAGGCCGCCCCCCCGUCCCCGGCGACCGUCCGUCGGCUGGGCCUCCAGAUCCUGCGACCGCGGCCGUUAUCAGCCUCCUGCUCGCGCGCAUCGGACCUGGGGACGGCGGCCGUCCCGGUUCCGCCGGGUCGGAUCCUACCGCAUCAGCGCCAAGCCACGAUAGAAGGGGAGCCACCAGGAGUACGCCGUCGACCUCGGCAGAUUUUCCCCACGACCUAGCGGUCACAUUUCCGAGCUCAUGCCUGGCUGUCGCAGACCACCUCCCCAACGCGCUGCUGCUGCUGCUGGUGGGGUUGGCUGUGUCGGAGGGGAACCAGGAGGAGGAAGCAUUGUGGCCAACAUCAUGGAGGCACUCAGGUGGCUGUGUGGAGCUGGGGAAGUUUCUAGCUCAUCUCUGUCGCAAGUUCGCUCGCUGCUUCCCCACGCACGACCUAGUUGAGACAAGGCUGGGUGUUCGUGUCUGCUGUUGCUACCUACCGGAGCUGCUGCCAGCAGCCACAUUUCCGUGCUCCUGUCGCCGACCACCUCCCCAGUUCAAAUCAUACUGGAAGAGGAGAUGCGGGGUGUGAAGUGCGAAGCUUCCAUUUGCUCAUGCCAGAAUUAAUGCAUGAAUAUGUUGUAGAUUAAAUUCAUGGCUUGGUUCAGGUGAAUAAGAAGAAGAUGAGGACCCCAAGAAUGAGCCGGUAGAUUCUUCUACUUUGUGCAACCCGCUUGGGGAUUGUCUGAGCCUCGCGGCGUGGGGCUCUGGUCCAGCGAAGUCCCUCGCCGAUGUGCUUUGCGGUGGCUGGCCAGUUGCUUCUUUUGGUCAAGGCGUUGUGGUGGUGCAUCUGGUAGACACAGCAAUGUGCUGAUUCAUUAGCUGAACACAAAGCGUGUCUUUGUCGUCUGCUGUGUUACCGACGGUGGUUUGUUUGAGAAAAUAACUAGUAGUGUUGAAGUUGCAGGACAAGAGCUGGAGCUCGAUCAGGAAGGUGUCGGUUUAGAAUGAUUUAAGCCUCCAUAUACAUGAAAUAGUUGACCUCCGUUUUGGUGUUACAAAAGGCCAGGCUGUAGUAUUUCUAUGUAUUGCUGUUUUUUCGUCAGUACUAGUAUACAGUAUGAAAUGCAGUUUGUUGUCGCAAAUGCACAGACUUGUUUGUUUCAUUUAGCCUGGAUGGAUCGUGUAUGAGUGGAGUUGACAGUAGACAAGUGUAGGAGAUGUGGAGAGGUCAUGUGAGAAAUUAGCUAGGAUUAAUGAAACUGAAAGUGAAUGGUGAGCGAGGAAGAAAUGGAAAGAUUACGGGAGUGAGUGAAUGGAUUGGUGGGCUAGCUAGCUAGCUCAGUACUAGUGGCGGCGAGAGGAGAAAAGAAAAAGGUUUAGGGAUUAAAAAUGGAUCGGUUCGGUCCAUCCAUUAAUUAAAUGUUGUUGAGGCAGCCAGGCUGGCAGUCACGUCGCUGUCUCCUAGCUGUCUGGCUUAUAUUAAUUAAUUGAGCAGAGAAGAGAUGCAUGUCCUGGCAGAUUUAACAGCCUGGCAGGUGAAAGCCGAUUACCGAGUCAUCUCCUACAGCUGGCACAUCGGCGAAUUCAGCCAAGGAGCUUCGGUACAUCCUCCUCUUUGGUUCUCGAGGCGUUCACCAGCGCGCCAGGAGGCCGACAUGCUCCUCCACGCCAGCCACAGCAGCAACGACCUCCCACUGCUGCAGAACGCAGCGCCGGCCGUCCCGCCGCCGCUUCCGGCGACGCCCCUCUGGUUCCAGGGCACCCCGGACAUCGACUUCCAGAUCAUGGACGACCUGGCCAGCCAGGGCAACUUCGCCUUCUGAAAGGGCCAAGAUUGCCCUUUCAGUUUCAGCUGUACAUUAACCAAUCUACUAGUAUGUGUCUACACGAACAACGUGUAUGUGUGUUCAGUUCUGUUCAGGUCAGGUCAGUAACUUGAGCGGCCCUUCGCUGCAUCGCCGAGCAUGUUGCGCAACUUCAAGCGCAUCCGGCCGCGAGCAGCGCACAAGAGGCGUGCAACAAGGAAUUCUUUGGUUUAAUUCGUACACUUUGUUGUAAUUUAGUUCAACUUCUGCUUAAGGAUUACUAGGUGAUGUUGUCGCUUCGAUUGUGAUGUAAUGUUGGGGGUGGCAACUUCACCUUUUCUAGCAUGCAUUUCCACAAGGUUUUUUUUUUCUUGGGUCUUGUAACAAAAUCCAAGUGUCAAUAAAGGGGAAAAACUGCCUUUUUUGUACAGAUUAA